GUGUUUCAGUUAUGAUCUUAAGUGUGAUACAGGUGUGUUGUGGAAUGAUCUCAGCAGCGGUUACGCAGACUUAGCAAGGAACGGAUGUCAGCUCAGUCUAAUCUGACAGAAGUUACUCAUCACUCUGUAAUUGCCAAAAUAGUAGAUCCGUUUGCGCCAGCCACGAGUGAUAUGCCAUCAAUACUUGAAGACACCCUCAGCUUGUGGUACGGUAAAUUAGGACACCAUAGUCAAGAACAAUUCUUGACCAUCACGCAAGAUCAUUCUAGUCGUGAGCGACCAGUGGAUCUGAUGGGCAUCGAAUCACAUCAAUACCACCAAGAAACUGGUCCUCCAUAUUCACAGACCAGCUUUAUCCUUGCAUGGUGGUCAUUAAGCCUAAGCACCUUGGAUUGAUGUUGGGUUGGUCGAUAUACAACCAAUCAUCGUUAUAUGGCCAAUCUUUCAGGGCCAGUUUUGCGGCCCGAACAGAAGAGAAUGAGUCCGUGCGAAAAUUUCGACGAUAAUUAUCUCAUCCAUCGGAUU